AUGUCGGUGCUGCCAUUUCUGACGCUGCACCUGAACCCCUGGAGGAAUUAUGAGAGUUUCCAGCACCACACGCCAGCUCAGCGACAUGAGUACAUGAUUGGUCGGUUAGAAAAUGCCCGACGACGCGAAUGGAUCUGGGUCGUGAUUGUCGCCGGCAUCGGCUUCUUCACGGAUGCCUACGCAAUUUUCUCCGUCAACAUUGUCGUCCCCAUGCUUGGCUAUGUGUACUGGCCUCAUGAGGAUGGCAUGCCCCAGCGCUUCAGCGUAGCCCUGAGUAUUGCCACGCUCGGCGGCGCCAUGGUGGGCCAGGUCCUGUUUGGAGUGGCCGCCGAUAUCUGGGGCCGACGCAAGAUGUAUGGGCUUGAGUUGGUUGUGCUUAUCUUCACUACCCUAGGCGUGGCAUUAUCGUCUACUGGCGCCGAGUCGUCCAUGUCUAUUGUCGGCCUCUUGAUCUUCUGGCGAUUCUUCAUGGGCGUAGGACUCGGCGGCGACUACCCUUUGUCUGCUGUGAUAUGCUCAGAGUUUGCCCCUACGCGCAUUCGAGGCCGGAUGCUCGCGGCCGUGUUCUUCUGCCAGUCGCUUGGCUCACUGUCUGCAAACCUGGUCGCCCUGAUUGCAGUUGCCGGUUUCCGCGAUCAGCUUUUGAGAGACGCUUCUGGCCAGGAGUGCACAGGGGCCUGUGCGCGGGAUGUUGACCGCAUCUGGCGUCUCAUCGUCGGUCUCGGUGCGGUGCCGGCAUUCAUCGCGCUGUGGUUCCGACUGACAAUCAUCGAGUCGCCUCGAUAUACGGCCGAGGUUUCCCAGGACAGCUUGCAGGCGGCCGCCGAUGUAUCCUACUUCUUUCGAUCCGACGAGGCCAUCCCGCCCCCGGCGAUGAGCCAGGUCACCCACGAGGUCGACAUCUCACCGACCACCUCAAGGCCACACUCGUAUCCCUCAAGCGUUAACUCUAGCCUGUCCUCUACUUCGCAGGAGAUUACACGCACCGUCGACCUCGGCAGCUUCUGGAAUGCUUUCAAGGACUUUGUCGCCAGGCCCAAGCCCUUUCGAGUUUUGAUGGCCACGUGUUUAUGCUGGUUUUUCUUGGACCUACCCUUCUACGGGCUCGGCCUGAUCAGCCCCCAAGUGAUCCAUACCAUCUGGCCCGGUAGGAACGAGAACGCUGAUGUAACGAUAUAUGACUCCCUCAUGCAGAACUCCUACCAGAGUAUGGUGGUCGUUUCGUCCGGCGCGGUGCUGGGAAACCUCAUCGCCAUCUUCACCAUCGACCGGCUCGGGCGGCGUAACAUUCAACUCAACGGGUUCUUCUGGCUGUUCAUCCUGAAUGUUGUCAUUGGAGCCACAUUUCGGGUUCUCGGAGGCAAAGACAGCUCAUCGGCGUUGGUUGUCCUAUACAUUCUGUGCCAAAUCUUCUUUAACUUUGGACCAAACACAACGACAUAUAUUCUCCCAGCAGAACUCUUCCCAACGCGCUUCCGCGCUACAUGCCACGGUCUUGCAGCGGCCGCAGGAAAGCUUGGCUCAGUUAUUGCUCAGGUGUGGAUAUCCUACGUGGACUACGGGUAUGGGUCAUUUCAAGAUGACGCUCCGGAGAACGAUCCUGUCAAUUGGCUGGGAUUCUCUCUGCUCUGUCUCUCCGCGUUCAUGCUCCUGGGCCUUAUUGUCACGUACUUUUUUGUACCUGAUGUUAAGGAUCCAGAUGGCAAGAUUAAGUCCCUCGAGAAACUGGCUGACGAUCUGUUGUCGGAUACGGGGCCUUUGGCUGGGCCCUGUGGGAGGGGUUCGCUUCCUAAUGGGAAUGUGUGA